CAUUGUUUGCCAAAUGCUCGGGUUACAAGUGGUGGAACUCUUAGACUGGGACGUCCCACCAUCUGCAGUGUCCUCGAUUAAUGCUACGUUGAAGAAUCCCUGGUGUAGCGGGAAUGAGACAGAUAUCCGAUAUUGCAUGCAAGAACCAAACGCAACUUGCAAUAAAUACGCAGCAGUCAAAUGCAGCGAUCCCCUAAUUCUUUGUGUCGGGUCGAUUGCGGACGGAUACAGCGAUGACUCUUCAUUCCACCUGUCCAGUGACGUUGAACCAACAACGAGGGAACCGCUGCAGAAAAUAUAUACUCAAACGAUGACGACAGCUACAACCCUGUCACCAAUCAAAGGAGCUUUAGAUAAAAUAUUGAAUGAUACUAUCACGGAAGACAAUUUAAAUACCGUCUCAGAUGAACUGGCGAACGUGACUGAGGAUUCGAACAAAUUUGAUGUGGAAGAUCUCCAGUCUGUCACAGACAAACUAAGUUCAAUUGUUGAAUUUGCGUCAAACCAAAACCUGACGGAAAAAGCCAUCGCACAGGUGUCUGUGAGUGUGAUAGGAGCGGUGGAUAAUAUCUUGAACAUCCCAGAGAGUACCUUCGAGACAGCGAGCUCCCAGCAGGUCUCAAAGACAAAUAACAUAUUGACUACAAUCUCGAUACUUACUGAAAAUAUUCAAAAGGCAUCCACCAAGAACUUCACCUACAGUGGAUCAAAUAUUGUACUGGCAGCUGUCAAAGUAGACAGGAAAAAAUUUCCCCUCACGACGGCGAUAGGAGGAGCCAUGGAUGAUGUCAUAGACUUUUCAGCCAAUGAAGGAUCUCCGUCUAAUGCGGCAGGUGUAACGUCAGUAUCUCUGCCGGAAGCAAUUCUCCCUUCAGAAUCUAGUACUAACCAGGUAAUAUCCGUCAGCGUCUUUCUUCUAAACUCGCCCAAGCUGUUCCAGGGUAACAGACCGUCCUCAUCCAGUACUCCAUCGUCUGGAGACAAGCAGAAUCAGCAACCGAAGACGGAGUCGGUUGUCGCUUCUCCUAUCUUAACUGUGACCAUUGAGGGAACUGAUAUCAAAGACCUCCCUGAUAAUGAAUCAAUUGUCUUUGUGUUUCCUGUGAACCAGACAUUGAUUAGAGAAGAAAAUGAUGCUGAGGUGUCUGAACGUUGUGUGUAUUGGGACAUCGACUUGGGAGAAUGGUCGGACGAAGGGUGUAGAACCGAGAAAACGGCUCUUGAAGGUAUGGUGUCUUGCCGGUGCUCUCAUCUCACGAGUUUCGCCGUUCUACUGGAUAUCAAAGGAAGCAUCAUAUCUAAAGCUCUUGAUGUAAUCAGUCGCAUCGGUUGUAUAGCUUCGAUUGUUUGUCUCGUCAUAACCCUCUGCAUUCUGCUAGGUUUUAGGAAACUGCGCAGGAAACAGCCACAGCAGAUCCUUAUCAAUCUCAGUUUCGCGCUGCUAGCUCUGUACGUCACUUUCGUCAUCGGUAUUGACCGACCAACCUCGAGGAUCAGCUGUACUUUGGUUGCUAUCCUAUUGCAUUACUUCUGCCUUGCAUCGAUUGCUUGGAUGGGUGUAGAAUCCUUCAACAUGUACAUGAUGUUUGUUAGGGUUCUGAAUUCAUACAUACCGAAGUUUCUACUAAAAUGCUCUGUGAUUGGUUGGGGCAUUCCAUUGGUUGUCGUCAUAAUAACAGUUGCCAGCAAGUGGACAGCUUACCAAAAUUAUGAAUACUGUUUUAUUCUCCCUGGAUAUUCGUUAUACUUCGGACUGGUCCUUCCCAUCGGACUCAUCCUGUCAUUCAAUGGCAUCAUUUUCGCUAUGGUACUCUACAAACUGAGUUGUGGUAGGAUCUCAACCUCCAAGUCAAGCACAUUGGAGUCAAAGAAAGAGAAUACCAUCAAAGCGCGCAUGGAAGCCAUUCGCCGCGCCCAAAACGUCGUCGCGAUAGGCACGCUGAUGGGUCUGACAUGGGCUUUCGGGUUUCUGUCUUUUGGUGGAGGUCGCUACUUGUUCAACGCCUUAUUCUCCAUCUUUAACUCCCUCCAGGGAGUUUUUGUGUUUCUUCUCUUUGGCAUGAGGCAACCAGAGCUGAGAGAAAAAUUGACGAUAACUAAGAAUCGUUUUCUGCAUGGUGCAUCGUCUGCCCGUAGACGCAGUUCUGAAUUUUGGGCAUCGUCGAGUGGAGCACGUAUGACCCAACGACCUUCUGACGUCACGUUCAUCUCGACGGUUAAAACUGAUUCUGUUGCUGAAGGUCAGGCUUCCACGUACUUCGAAAGUACUCUUGAUACAGGUCCACCUUUAAAUAAACAGUCGGAUGAUACUCUUCUUUAAUGACAGAAGAGAAACAGACCUCUACGAUUCUAUAAAGUGCGACCCAGAAAAAACGAAACCGAGAAUUGUCGAUGUUUCAUCAUAACUUAAUCACAAUUAUAAGUAAUAAAUGACACAGAUUUGUAAAGCUUAUACACAAAUAAAUAUUUGGGUAAUCUUACUCAGAUAGGCAAACAAACUUUGACACUAUAGUGACACACUUAACUGAAUACAUUAACUCAUUAAAUUGAGAUUUAUAACUCACAGGAAUGAGUUUUGUUAAUUUGACAUUAUAGUGACAUGGCAAAUGAGUAUUUUAAAUAAGUGAAUUAUUUAACCUAAUGUUGUGAGUAAAUCGAUCCAACUCAACUAGUGAGUAAUGCUUCAUUUACUCAGUCAGUCAGGUUAUAUCGCCGUUCGUACGGUGAGUUUGUAUGUUUGUCACUUAAAAAUGGAAGUCCUUCGCCAUGCACUACCUACACUUCGGUCGUGCACAAGAAGAGCUUCAAAAUUUCGGCUCUAGAUCUAGAUUUUAUAUCUGAUCGGUAGCCUUAACUUGUUUUAGAAAAAGGUCUGCAUAAAAUUCAAGGGAUCCCUUUACUACUAACUGAUUCAAAAUUAAGAAAAAUUAAAUCUACUUACACUUAUUCUGGGGAUCGUCGGCCGCUAAAAACGUGACGGUCGGGUACGUAUGUACGAUCCAACGAAUAAAGAGUCUGUGACAAAUUAGGGAGCAAAGAGCCACUCUACACACUUUUUUUUACUCAUCCGGUCACUAAAGUUGGAGAAUAAUCUAUACUUUAAUGAGUAAAAAGAUUCCAAUUGUUUGAACAAUGACCAUGCUAAUUAUGUAUGUAAUACAUAUGAUAAUAUUGUGAUAUGCUUAUGUGAUGCUAGUGAAUCUCUAUAUCACUGUAAAAACAAGGUUCAUAAUACUAGGCCUGGCUGGAAUGAGCAUGUGUCAGAGCUCCACUCUGCUGCUCGUGAGGCUCACCUACUCUGGGUUGAAGCUGGCAAAAACAGACAGGGACGGUUAUUUGAGCUAAAAAAAGAGGGCCAAUGCACGAUUCAAGUAUGCUCUCCGUUUUAUUAAGAAUAAUGAGAAGUCAUGCGGGCGGACUCCGUUGCUCGUAAAUUGCAGGGUAAAAGUUAUUAUUUUGGAAAAAAAUGAAAUGUGUUAAUAAUAGUAAAGCGCCCCUUCCAACUAAUAUUGAAGGUAUCUCUGGUGAUGAAAAAAUAAGUGAAUUGUGGUGUAGCCAUUAUAAGGAUUUGUUUAAUUGUGUACAGAGUACGGUGCAGGAUGUAACUAAUGUUGACUUUGAUGUAAAUAUGGUUAUCUCUCCUGAGGAGGUAAAAGAAGAUAUUAGAAAAUUAGACGACAAUAAGUCAUGCGGUCUUGAUACUAUUACAGCUAAACAUUUAAAGUUUGCAAGUCCGAAACUCAUGCCCUUGCUUGCAAUGUGCAUUUCCGGAUUUUUGAUUCAUGGUUUCUUACCAGAUAUUAUGAUUUCCGUUGUUUUGGUGCCGGUCCUUAAAAACAAAGCUGGUCGCAUUACUAGUAAGGACAACUAUAGACCUAUAUCAUUGGCUAGUGUCCUGUCCAAAGUGCUGGAAAAGAUAUUGCCUGAUCGGUUGGAGAUGUAAAUUCUUACUAAAGACAACCAGAUCGGUUUUAAAGCCAAACAUGGCACUGACAUGUGUAUAUUUGCUCUGAAGAAAGUUAUUGCAAGUUAUCGUAGCAGAAAUUCUUCCUUGUUUCUUUGUUUUCUUGAUGCUUCCAAAGCUUUUGAUCGGGUAAAUCAUGAAAAGCUGUUUACGAAAAUGGCUGAUAGAGGUAUUUCUAAGUACCUGAUUAGGAUACUCGUGUUUUGGUAUACCCAUCAAACAAUGAUGCCUAGAUGGGGAAGUAGUGUGUCUGAACCAUUCCAUGUCAUUAAUGCAGUUAGAUAGGGAGGUAUUCUUUCUCCCUUUCUCUUUAACCUGUAAAUGGAUGGUCUAUCCGACAAUUUGAAUGCUUGUAAAAAAGGCUGUGUAGUUGGCAGUAUAGUAGUCAAUCAGUUAAUGUAUGCCGAUGACCUCGUUAUUUUUAACCCGUCAACUGCUGGGUUGCAGAGUUUGCUCAAGAUUUGUUCUGAUUAUGGAUAUGAUAAUGAUGUCAAAUAUAAUGCAAAAAAUAGUCAUGUUAUGAUGAUUAGAUGUAAGGAACACUGUAGAUUGGUAUUCCCGGAUUUUUAUUUAUGUGGAGCUAAACUCAAUGUGUGUACAGAACAGAAGUCAUGUAUCUUGGUCAUUUCUUUUUAUACUGAGGAUCUCUGUGAUGAUAAAGAUAUUAGUCGACAGUGUCGUAAAUUAUAUGCUCAAGGUAAUAUGCUCGUUACGAAAUUUCAUAUAUGUUCUCCAGAUGUGACGGUGGCAUUAUUUAGGGCAUACUG